CAAAGAAUAAUAAUAACAAUAAAAACGAAUUUUCUUCUGCUGAAACUCUUUGCUUGCGCCACAAAAAUUCCCUCAGCUUUGGUAGUUUAACACUAACGUUUUUGCUUCUCCGUUUUUUUUUUUUUUUUUAUUGUUUGUUGAAUUAUUUUCACAGUUGUAUGAAGAAGAAAAAAAUUCCUUGAAUUUUUUUUUUUUGAAGUAAGAAGGUGAAUAUGGGUGCGUCAGAGAACAGUGCUUUGUUCCCAAUCUUUGUGUUCACUAUAAUGGCUUUGCCAUUAGUGCCAUACACUCUAGUUAAUAUAUUAAGCGCCUUCUCAAAGAAGGCGACGACUAUCCACUGCCAGAGUUCCGUGUGUUCUCGUUCGGGGAAGUAUAGGAAAUCGAUUUUCAAACGGAUCUCAAACUUCUCUACAUGUAGUAAUCUUACCCUUGUGCUUCUUUGGAUUGUCAUGGGGGUGCUGAUAUACUAUAUCAAGCAUACAAGUCAUGAGGUUAAAGUGUUUGAGCCAUUUAGUAUUCUUGGUCUUGAACCUGGAGCCACAGAUUCAGACAUAAAGAAGGCAUAUAGGAGACUUUCUGAUACAUACACUACUAGUUUCAUGAAGGAGGGAUUUUAA